AAUAGGAAACGGUAUAUUAGAGGAGAGGGGAGGGAGUGGCGGAGCAGGGCCAGGCAGGAAGAAGCUGGAAGAAGGCACUUCGCAGCUCUUGCCCGGUCUUUCCCGAGAGCCGGCUGGCCGAGCGAGCGGCCCCCGGGGCCCGGCGGGGCUGGAGAGAGGAUCGAGAGCAUCCCCACCCUAUCUCUGGGUUCCCAAGGGCCCCAGGACCCCAGAGAGCGGCCCGGCGGCCCAGCAUCCGCAGCUCAGAGGAGGAGGAGGAGGAGGAAGAGGUGUCAGGGGCGUGGGAGGAGGAGAGGAGCUGGCCUGAGUCCACACCUCCCUCCCCCCACCCCCCCAACCCCCAGUCCCAGGGCUGCUAGCCCUCAGGCCACAGCCUAGGGCAGAGCAGGGAGGAGGAGGCCCUGAGUUCCCCUGGGAUGGACCUACUCGUGCUGCUGCUGGCUCUGGGCCUAGCUGAUGGUGGUUCGGCACUGUCCUCACCCAACUCUCUCUUGACCUGUGCCUGCGAGAACUUCAACUGCAAGGGGUCUUCAACGUGCCAGGGGUCUUGGUGCACUGUGUGGCUGAUAAAAGAGGCGGGGGGACAACCCCGGGAGACCCGGGGCUGCAGUAACCACCACCAUGAGACGUGCCUCGGACGGCCCACCGAGGCCUUUGCCCACUACUGCUGCUACCAGCCUCUCUGCAACCUCAACAUCUCCCUGACGCUACCAACCCCACCAGAGGAUCCCCAUCAAACUAACCAUCUGCCACUGAUCUUGGGCCCUGGGCUAGCUUUGCUGGUCCUCCUGGGGCUGGGGGCCCUGGGCCUGUGGCGCCUCAGUCGGAGGCGUGAGAAACAGAGAGCCUUGCACAGUGACCUGGGAGAAUCCAGCCUCAUCCUGAAGGCAUCGGAGCUGGGGGACAGCACACUGGGGGACCUUUUGGACAGUGACUGUACUACGGGCAGCGGCUCUGGCCUCCCCUUCCUGGUCCAGCGGACAGUGGCUCGGCAAAUAGCUCUGGUGGAGUGCGUGGGCAAGGGCCGCUAUGGUGAAGUGUGGAGGGGCCUGUGGCAUGGUGAGAGUGUGGCUGUCAAAAUCUUCUCCUCCAGAGAUGAGCAGUCCUGGUUCCGGGAGACUGAAAUCUACAAUACGGUCCUACUCAGACAUGACAAUGUUCUUGGCUUCAUUGCUUCUGACAUGACAUCCCGCAACUCCAGCACCCAGCUGUGGCUGAUCACCCACUACCAUGAGCAUGGCUCCUUAUAUGACUUCCUGCAGAGGCAGCCACUGGACCGAGGCCUGGCCCUGAGGCUGGCCCACUCCAUUGCCUGUGGCCUGGCCCACCUUCAUGUGGAGAUCUUUGGAACCCAGGGCAAGCCGGCCAUCGCCCACCGGGACCUGAAGAGCCGCAACGUCCUGGUCAAAAGCAACCUCCAGUGUUGCAUAGCGGACCUGGGCCUGGCAGUAAUGCACUCCCAGGGCAGUGACUCCCUGGACAUUGGCAACAACCCUCGGGUGGGCACCAAGAGGUACAUGGCGCCAGAAGUAUUGGAUGAGCAGGUUCGCACAGACUGCUUCGAAUCCUACAAGUGGACAGACAUCUGGGCCUUCGGUCUGGUGCUAUGGGAGAUAGCGCGCCGGACCAUAGUGAAUGGCAUCGUGGAGGACUAUAGACCACCGUUCUUUGACAUGGUCCCCAAUGACCCCAGUUUUGAAGAAAUGAAAAAGGUGGUUUGUGUUGACCAGCAGACCCCCAACAUUCCCAACCGACUGGCUGCAGAUCCGUUCCUUUCAGGUCUGGCACAAACGAUGCGGGAAUGCUGGUACCCUAAUCCUUCAGCCCGCCUCACAGCCCUGCGUAUCAAGAAGACCCUACAGAAACUUUGUGCAAACCUAGAGAAGCCCAAAGUGAUUCACUAGAUGUCUGGUGCCCAUACCACCUAUGCCCUGGGGAGGGCUGUAUGGAGCUGUCUGGGUUGGACCUCUCUUUCACCACUACAGAGUCUGCUUUCCUUAUUAUCCAGGAUCUUAGGAGGAGAGGAAUGGGGAGGGUGGUCCCCUGAGAGGGCAGCUACGGCUGCUGGACUCCACGCCUCCAGCCCCCAGCUCUCCUAGCCAAAAAUAUUGCUGGGCCUGUAAUCUGAUGCCAGGGCAUCUAGCCCAGUCUGAAGGAACAGUCUCCCUGACGCCUGGCUUUCCCCCACCCCCAGCACACCCACACUGACCCCUCCUUCCCCAGGAAGCCUAGAUCCCAGCUGGCCCCAGCUGCAGGAGAACACUGCCCUAAGACGGGAUCACAGGGAAGCCACCAACACCUAACUGGGGUAAGAGGUAGGGAAUUCCCAUUCACCCUGCCACCCAAUUCCCCUGGUGUACUAGUGCACACACCAACAUGGAGACAGAAACCCCAUUCUGUUCUGCUUCACCUGCUGUUUGUGCCCUUUGCCAUGCCCAGAGGGUCAGCAGAGAGGGUGCAAGGUCCCAAAUCCCUUCCAGAUGGCAUCCUUCCAAGGUAAGCCCCCUUGUGAACAAUGCCACAUCAUAUGCCCCCUGUGCCAUGACCCUAAGCACAAUGCGUACACUUUAUCAUCUAGUUGCAUCAAGGAGUGGGGUAGAGCCAGCAUACCUCUGCCUAAGGGGUCCUGUGGACUCAAUUCCAAAGUGUCUCCUCCCACCCCACCCCCGGGUUCUUGCUCUCCCCAGAUGUCAUCACUGCACAGAGAAUAUCAAUCAUGUGGGAAGCCACCUAGGGUCACUGAAUCCUGUCCAAGCCAAAUAUCCUCGACCAAGGGACAACCUCUACUUCAAACCACUUAACCUGGAAUUAAACCUCAAAUUUUCAAGCUUCUUCCAAGUCAGUGCUGAGCCAGAGUGAGUCUGGUACCUUUGUUAGCAAGUCAUAGAAAGGUGGUGAUGGUAUUGAGAGGUCAGAAAAGGCUAGCAUCCAGCCUGAGGGGGCUACUGAAAUACAUAGACGGCUAUACUUAGAGCUUUCUGAGCCUGUCUAAGGCUCCACGCCUCCCCAAUACAAAUUCAUCUUCCCUCAUCCCUUGCCAACACACGGCACUAAUAGCCAGUAGCUGAUUCUAUCUAGGUCUGGGAGAAGACAAAAAAAGAGCCUGCCUACUUUUUAAUAGCCCCAGUGCUGGGGCCAACUCAGCAUUUAUUCCCUGCCACUUGGGGUAUCAUCCUCAGACCUUUUAGUCCACAAAUUCACCACUGUAUUUAAUGCCAAUAAUAUCCUGAUUGCAGCCCCUCCCACUGGGAAAAGUGACUGCCCAUACCACCCACUGCAUGUAUAAAAUGAAGAGACUGAAGUAGAUAAUCUCUAGGGUCCCCUCCAGUUCAAACAGUCCAUGACGAGUCCCUGACCUUGAGAAGUCUCCAGCUCUGGUGUUAGUAACCACAUCCUUGGCAAGGCCCCCAAGUGUUCAACCCAAACUCUCCUUAGCUUAGAGGAAGCACAGAAUCAGAGACAUGAAGUCAGAAGGGACCAUUAAGGUCAUCUAGUUCAAGUCCCUUAUUUUAUGCAUGAUGAGACUUUGGCUCAGCAUCCCCUAAUGCCCUUGGCACCAUGGGAUGGAGUGCUAAGACCUGGAAAUUUGACUAGGCUGAUGGGCUGGUGUGCAUGUCUGUAUAGAGCCUGGGGGUGUGGGGUUGAGGGGAGGAUGUGGCGGAGUGUGUUGGAAAAUCCAGUACAAACCUAGGCUCCAGAAAGUCCAGGUCCAGAGUCCAGGGUACAUUGGCAAGCGUUUCCUGUGUCCUUGGAAGAUUUCCCUCGCCCUUGAAAAGCUGCAUCCUUCUCUCAUAGCACUUCGAGAUCUAAAGCUGGAGAGCAACAUGAAGAUUGCCGUGUUCCUUGAGGAAACUCAAAGGGAAGGGAAGGCAAAUCCAUUGAUCAACAGGCAUUUAUUAAGCUUCUGCUAUGUUCCAGGCACUAUGAUAGGCACUGAGAAUACAAAUAUAAUAAAUGAAACAAUUCUUUUUCACAAGUAGCCUAUGUUCUAAUGGAGAAAAGAAGUACAUAUAUAAGUAUACAGAAUAAAUAUUU